AUGAACGGGAACGCCAAUGGCGACACUGAAACCACCAAUAAGGAUAAACCCACCCCAUUCCCAAAAAUCGAAGAGGAGGUCGGCUACAGUGGGCAGGAGCGAGAGUUUCGUGAGAUCAACAAGCUGAAGAAGCGCAAUGACGGGGCCCAAGGUCACAGGAGGUCCGUUUCCGGAAACCUCCUUUCACGGUUCCUCCGCACAAACAGCGACCAGGACAAGACGGACGGCGGCGAUCGAGAUGGACCGGAGUCUCCUCAUCGGGGACGAGGUGCCAUGGCAGAAGCACAAACCCAAAGCAAGAGAAAGAGGAAGGGGUCACUAAGAAAAACAGUGCUGGGAAAAGGAAGGGACAGAAAGACCUCUGAUGUCAAGAAGUCACCUCUCUCUGGUGCAACCUCGCCCUCUGUGCAGCCGACAGAUGAGGAGCAAGAAGCGCCGCCAACUCCUCGUGCCAGACAAGAUCUCUCAAGCCCUGUGUCGCCUGACUCACCCCCAUCGUGGCCAUUUCGCACGUUAUCACGGGUUUCGAUACCCUCCAUCCGCAGCAGUAUUGCUUCUGUCGAUCCAGCCUCGUCUGCAGCCUCAAUCAUCAGCCCCAACUUGGCUACUACCGAUGCUUCAACAGAUGAUGAGGACCUCGUUUUACCAGGCAUGCCCCCUCUGCGGAAACCCCCAUCGACAUCCUCGUUUGGGACAGACUCCUAUUUCCCCAUCCAAGAUCCCAUGCGUCGGAUGUUCGGCUCGCGCGCACGCUCGCCGCUAGCCUCGCAACCGCAGUCUAUCGCCGGCACGCCGCCCGACGAAGAGGUCUGGGACUACUCCGAAACCGCCUUUUGGGGUUAUGUGAUCUUGUUUGUGACGUGGAUUGUCUUCGUCGUGGGCAUGGGAUCCUGCUUCGGGGUGUGGUCGUGGGCUUGGGACGUGGGAGAAACGCCGUAUGCCCCCCCGGAACUGGAAGACGAUCCUACUCUACCUAUUGUUGGGUAUUAUCCGGCGCUGAUGGUCUUAACCUGCAUUAUGGCUUGGGUGUGGGUCGUUGUAGCCUGGGUCGGGAUGAAAUACUUUAGACAUGCAGAUUUCAGAGGGGAUGACGGAUGA